CCGAGACGGUACCUUACACGGAAAGUGAUUGAACUUAAGAUGGCACAGAGGCUUGGCAGGCUGAAGCGUGAGUGUCAGCAGCUGCGAGAUUCACCACCCUCGGGAGUAUCAUGUUGGCCUGAGGGUGAUAGUCUCGAAACCUUUAGUGCAGUUAUUAUUGGUGAUGAUGAUACUGUAUAUGCUGGAGGAGUUUUCAAAUUAGAACUGGAGGUUCCAGAGAGAUACCCCUUUCAUCCACCAAAAGUCCGGUUCCUGACUAAGAUAUACCAUCCGAACAUUGACUCAGCUGGAAGAAUCUGCCUUGACAUCCUCAAGUUACCUCCCUCUGGUGGAUGGAGACCUGCACACAACCUCUCCAGUAUUUUGACCUCAAUUCGCCUGCUUAUGGCUUCUCCCAACCCGAAUGAUCCACUUAUGACAGACAUUGCAGAAGAGUAUCAGUUCAAGAAAUCUCAGUAUGAAGCAACUGCCAAAGAAUGGACUGCUAAAUAUGCUAAAAGUGUG